AUGACAUAUUAUCCGCGCGGAACUUUGUAAAUUUCGAGGCAAGGGCCAUUUUUUGUGCCGCAAUCUCUGUAUUCAGCAGCAGACGGGACGAGAAUGGCUGUGAAACGAGAGGACUAUCUUGAUUGGGCUGAUUAUUUCAUGGCUGUGGCUUUCUUAUCAGCACAGAGAAGCAAAGAUCCACGUACACAGGUUGGAGCGUGUAUUGUCAAUGAUGAAAAUAAAAUUGUUGGCAUUGGAUACAAUGGGAUGCCUAGAGGGUGCAGUGAUGAAUCGUUACCGUGGCAACGCAAGAAUGAUGAUUGGCUGGAGACCAAAAUUCCAUAUGUAUGCCAUGCUGAAAUGAACGCAGUGAUGAACAAGAAUUGUGCAUCGGUGAAAGGUUGCACCAUCUAUGUCGCUCUCUUCCCCUGCAAUGAAUGCACCAAGGUUAUAAUGCAAUCUGGAAUCAAAGAGGUCGUCUACAUGUCAGAUACCAAGCAUGAUAAACCUUCUAUGAUUGCAUCGAGAAGGUUGCUGGAUGCAGCAGGGAUACCAUACAGGCAACAUGUACCUAAGCAGAGCAGAGUAACCAUAGAUUUUGGUGCUUUGGAAGACGAGAACGACUCAACGAACGACAGAUAGCAGGACCCUGUGCGGGCGUACCAAGAUGGUAGAGGAGAAAAAUCAUGUUGAUGGAUCAAUUGAGAGAGAGAGAGAGAGCGAGAGAACUAACAAGUACUUGUAUCAGUAUUUGGAUUUUGCUAUGAAAUAUCUACUUAUUACUUCAAAUGGAAUAGUGCCAAAUAAUUAUCUUCCUUAAAGGACAAGUCCACCCCAACAAAAAG